GCGGUGGCAUGUGCCCGCUCGGUCUCCAUCUGCUGCGGUGGGGUGGCAGUGAGAUGCGGUCCCAGCCGAGCGGCCGGCCACCCCGGCAGAGGAGCGAAGCCUCCUUCCACCCUCAGCGGUAAUUUAGGGCGGUUUCCACUGCCGCUCGCAGGAAGCCACGUGCAGGCAGCGCCGGUGACGUUGCCAGCAUCAGCAUGGUGAGAUGGCCCGGCAGCUCAUCCGGUAGGGCGAUGGAGGUGCCGCUGCCCGGAGGCACCGGGACCCGGGCUGGGGGCACCGUGGGGGGGGGGGAGGUCUUGUGUCCCAUGCGCCCGGACGAUGCUAACGUCGCGGGGAACGUCCAUGGGGGAACCAUCCUGAAGAUGAUCGAGGAGGCGGGAGCCAUCAUCAGCACCCGCCACUGCAACUCCCAGGCCGGGGAGCCCUGCGUGGCCGCGCUGGCGCGGGUGGAGCGGACAGACUUCCUCUCCCCGGUGUGCAUCGGCGAGGUGGCCAACGUCAGCGCCGAGAUCACCUACACCUCCCGGCACUCUGUGGAGGUCCAGGUCAACGUCAUGUCUGAAAACAUUUUAACAGGGGCGAAGAAGGUGACGAACAAGGCAACGCUGUGGUAUGUGCCACUGUCCCUGAAGAAUGUGAACAAGGUCCUUGAGGUUCCCCCUAUUCAGUAUGCGAGAAAGGAGCAGGAGGAAGAGGGGAAGAAGCGUUAUGAGGAACAAAAGCUGGAUCGACUGGAAACUAAGCAGAGAAAUGGCGACGUGAUCUUCCCUGUCAUCAACCCAGAGCCACACACCGUUGGCUACAGCCAGUCCAGCUUGAUCCACCUGGUGGGACCGUCGGACUGCACGCUGCUGGGCUUUGUGCAUGGAGGUGUCACCAUGAAGCUCAUGGACGAAGUCGCCGGGAUCGUGGCUGCCCGCCACUGCAAGACCAACAUUGUCACUGCCUCGGUGGACGCCAUCAACUUCCACGAGAAGAUCAAAAAAGGGAGCGUCAUCACCAUUUCGGGGCGCAUGACCUUCACGAGCAAUAAGUCCAUGGAAAUCGAAGUCUUUGUGGAUGCCGACCCAUUCGUGGACGAGCCUCGGGAGCGGUACCGUGCUGUCAGCGCCUUCUUCACCUACGUCUCCCUGAGCAAGGAGGGGAAGCCCCUGCCUGUCCCGCAGCUGCUGACGGAGACGGAGGAUGAGAAGCGGCGCUUCGAGGAAGGGAAGGGCAGGUACCUCCAGACAAAAGCCAAGCGGCAGGCGCAGAUGCAGCAGGCUGCCCAGCAGUGAUCCCGCCCCGCGCUCUCG